CGAGGGAUUAGUUGAUGAGAAGAUAUCUCAAUGGAAGAAAUAUCUCGCCAGGUGCAAUUAUUGGACGGUCUAGAGCAAGAAAAGAACAAGCAGUAACUGCCUUCCUAUCAUAUACACACUCUAAUAGGCUCCGAGAGUCCUCGACGCUUCCAAUUCUUCAAUCCUCCCGCGGGACAGCACUUGUGAAUGUGGGUAAAAAUGCGCCCUUCAAGCCCGAGAGAAGCCAAGAGAGAAGAUUCAUGAUUGUUUGUGCGUCUUCGAAUUUCAAAGUCGCUGCGGAGGCUUUUUAGAGUCGAUGGCCACUGGCGUGAAGACAGAGAGAUGUGCCUUCUCGAGCGUAGCAAAUGAUCACGAGAGCAUCUCAUGCAGGGCGUCAUGUAGUGGCAUCUGUGCAGUAAGUGGAGUGAAAGGGUCUUGGAAUCUAGUUGGAAUGCCGACCUUUACUUCUUAGGCAAGUUCAAGAGUUCAUUUU